UGUGUUGACUCAUGAUCAUAAAAAUUGUUGAUAUGAUAAAGGUUGUCAAGGGAGAAUGGUCAAAUUUUUUUCGACAUUGUACACAGAGGGUAACACAUGUGACACAGGCGCACAAAUCAAGUAUACAUGCAUGUCCAGGUUCACGUUUCGAUUUGAUAAUAACUAAUCCAAACACAACGAGUGAAGAACAAGAAGAAAAGGAAAGCUAACAAUCUGGCCUGAUAAUUUUCGAUCUGAACGUUUCUUUUUUUGUAUAUAUAAAUCGAUCACACACAAAACAUGACCAUCACACACAUGUGGCAUUUUUUCUGGUCGUCAUCUUGUCAAAUCCCAACUAGAAAAUCAUGUUUCGUUAUGAAACUUUAAUCGAAACGGUGGACGCACCUCAACGUUGCAGUAAUAAUCAAACAGAAUUGAAUCCAACCUAUUUACAGGAAUUAUUAUCAUCGCAACAGCAACGACCAAACAAUCGACAACAACCGACUUCUGACUACCUGAAUGUACUGCAAUUUUAUCAGGAUAAAACCAUAUUGAUAACUGGUGCCACCGGAUUUAUUGGCAAAGUUUUACUGGAGAAACUGUUGCGUGUCGGUGUCAUCCGUCGGAUUUACAUUUUAUUACGUUCAAAACAUUCGAAAACACCACAUGAACGACUGGAGGAAUUACUGAGUAAAUCACCAUGUUUUCAAUUUCACCGCCAACGGUUGGAUUUCGCCAAAGUAUUUGCAAUCGAAGGUGAUAUUACGAGAAAAGAUUUGGGGUUAUCAGCUCAAGAUCAACGUCGAUUAACCCAAGAAGUAGAUGUUGUGUUUCAUUCAGCUGCAUCCGUACAAUUCAAAGGAAAUCUGCGGAUAUUUAUCGAACAAAAUGUUCUCGGCACUGAUUACACGAUGAAUUUAUGCACAAAAAUGAUUGGCUUGAAGGCUGUCGUGUAUGUGUCCACCGCAUAUGCAAAUUGCAAUUUAUCCACCGUUGAGGAGAAAGUUUAUCCACUCAAUUUCACCAUACCAUAUGCAUAUGUAAAUGAUGAAAGUAUCGAUCAAUUCAUCAGUGAUAUUCUCUGGAAAUAUGGCAACACGUGGCCCAAACGCGGACAUCAAGCACUGUGGGGCCGUCCAAAUUGUUAUACAUUUUCCAAAGCAUUGGCUGAAUUGUUAUUGGCGAAAAAAUACUCGAAUCUUUUGCCGUAUGUUAUUUGUCGUCCAUCGAUUGUGACACAUUCAGCUGCCGAACCAACGCCAGGUUGGUGUGAUACAAAAAAUGGUGUCUCUGGUGCCAUGAUUCUUGGUGGUCUUGGUAUUGCACGUACAAUGAUCUUGAAUGGCAAAUGUAAUGCUGAUGUAAUACCUGUUGAUCAUGUCGUCAAUUCGUUGAUAGUUGUGGCUGCACAUACAGCCAUCGUACCUGUUGAACAACGGAAACAAGUUGUUCAUCUCACAUCUGGACAACGUAAUCCAAUCACAUGGGGUGAAUUACUGGAUCGUUCACGUGAAUGUGUGGCUACCAAGCCGUUCAUGAAACAAAUUCGUCCAUUGGCACAAAAACCAGAAACAAUCGACACAAUGUACGGCCGAUUAUCGCAUCAAAUGACGAAAAUCUUUUCACAUUAUGGUUUCGCACUGUUGGCCGAUGGUUUAAUAAUGCUGACUGGUAAUAAACCAUUCCUGAUGAAUAUAACGAAACGCAUGCAUCUAGGAUUCGACACGUUGGAACCAUUCACGAAUAACGAAUGGCAAUUUCGACAUGAGAAUUACCAAGACAUCUACUAUCAAUUAUCACCGCAUGAACAAGAAAUAUUCCAAUCUGAUGUUGGUUCAUUGGAUUGGAUGAAAUAUGUGGAUAAUGCUACGCUUGGCACCCGUCGCUAUCUGCUGAAUGACGAUGAUUCCACCAUUGAUCGGGCUAUGAAACGACAAAAAUUCAUAAAUUGGGCACAUGGUUCGGCCGAAGCAUUGGCCUAUCUUGGCAUUUUCGGCAUAAUAUGGUGCAAUAUAUUCGCCCAACAUAUUCAUCAAUUGUAAUUUGAGCUUUUUUUGAUCUAAAUAAUUUUGUAAUUAAUUUUUGUUAAUAAAAAACAU